AUGGUUGCCCUCCGUAUCUGCGACAUUCUUAUUGCUCUAACUGCACCACCGCGGAUUGCGAUUCUCUUCCUCACCUACUACCUCAACCGGUCGGAAGCUCUGUUUCUAUUUGGCUUUCUGCGAACAUUGGCAUGUGGAGGUUGGGUAUAUGUCACUUCCAGUGACCAUGGCCUCACUCACGACGUCUUGAUGAUUGGCUACAUUAUCUUGAACAUUCCUUGGAUGUGGGGCAACGUCAAGCUCAGCAGGAGUAGGGUUGUAAGACGCAAGAGGACUGGGAUGACUAUUGCAUUCUUCGCGACACUUGUCCCGCUCGUGUACUUCUACAUCCAACACAAGGUUCAUCGCAUUCCUGGGGCUCCGUCGCCUGGCUUAAAUAAGGUUACUAAUGGUAUCCGUGAUGUCUACUUCAGGGUGUCCUCUAAGACGAAUGUACAUGAAGAAGCUAAGAAGGCGUCCGACGGCGCUCUGAAAGAUGCUUUGGAUACAGCUCUCGCCCCGGCAUCCAAAACUGUCACUGCAGCUGCUGGCUCCUCGAAAGACGCUUCACAACAUCCAAAAAAGUCAUGCAGGACGCUGCCUAGCUUCCUCUCUGAUGUUUACCUUUCAUAUGUGUUCUGGUCGACAUUCACCGCUCUCAUUCCCUCUCUGUUCUACUUCUCUGUAUGGGAACUCGGCAUUGCCGGUCAAGAACUGGCCCUUCUCAGUCUCCUCUCGCCCGCCUUCCUCACCCUUUCACCCCUUUUCUUCCCUGUUCCCAGCACUGCUACUUUCCUCUCGAGUAGGAAAGGCCAGGUCAUCGCUUAUCUCGCUCAGUUCUCGGCUUUGUUAGCGUACUUGAGCAAGAGUCCGUUGGUCAGGUUGGCCAUUGUAACUCCUAGCUGCGCAAUCAUGAUGCAGAGGGAGGUGGUAUUGCUUUCUGGACUUGUCAGCGGGGAUGGAACUAAGAGUGGCAAAGGCCUGGGUUAUUGGGGAACCAUCACAACUCUCGGUUUCAUCGUUGCUUCCCUUUCGAAGCAUGCGAACCACGGAAACAACCCAAUCUGGCCGUUCAUUGAUCCCAAGAAUGGAGGCUACAAUGAACUGGGUUUGGGUCUCGCCCUUCUCGCCCUCAUCGAAUUCGCCACCCGUCCAACUCCUGCGUCUUCUGCAUCUACCGCCCCCGCGCCUAAGCACUCCAAAUCUACCAAACCUUCCUUCUGGAGCACCUUCUUCACCGCCUCUGUCCCCCUCGGCAGUCUCGUUUUCUCCCUUCACAACCUCCUAGCCGAUCCGAGUUCGCUCGUCGCUGCUUCGUGGACUGGUUGGGAGAACGGUGCUCCACGGGGACCUCUCCCUCAUGUCCAUGGAUGUGUCACCAUGGUUGUAGUCUCCCUUGGACUUGCCCUGGGCGUCUGGAGUGUGAGGUAUUCGACAUUGAAAGAGGGAAGGACGAAUCCGCUUUUGAGCAUUCCUUGGUUCGUGGUGGGUUGUGCCGGAACGUACGGCAUGUACAAGGAGCGCAAUUGGGAGGGAUAUGCUUCAAGCCUGGUUCUGGCCCUUGUUUUGGUCUCCGUUGCUCCUGCUAUCUUCGUGAGGGCUGCUCAGGCUGCUAGAAGUGUUGGGGUCGUCGAGGAUGAUCGGGAGGGUGCCGAGAUUACGAAGGAAUGCGCUGGACAGGUUGCAAAGACUUUCAGCAGCGCGAUGCUUGUUUACAUCCUGUUGAACUUGGCCAGCAUCUUUACGGUUGCUUAUGCCUUUGUUCCUGGAGGCUGGGUUUUCCGUGAGAGAACGGAUGCCGUUUUGACAGCCCAACUCGCCUGCCUUGCAUUCGCCUUCAGCUGGCCCGCCAUCUCCUCUUCUGCUCCCACCCCCCGUGCCGCUGCGGGCAUCUCAGCUCCAGCCAGGAAGUUCACCUUCACUUCUCUGGCCGUUAUCUCGAUUGCUUCUCUUUUGACGACAAUUUAUCGCCACCCGAUGGUUCCUCCCAAGCCUCACAAACCUGGUUCGAAGCUUGUCAAUGCGGGUAUCUGGACUGUUCACUUUGGUAUCAACAACGAAGGGCACGAUAGUCAGAGGGGCAUGAGGGAUCUCAUCAAGGAUAUGCAAUUGGAUAUCGUUGGCUUGUUGGAGACUGAUCUGCAUCGGACUGCGUUCGGCCACCGCGAUCUGACUCGAGUGAUGGUGGAGGAGCUUGGAUUCAACGUAGACCUUGGGCCUGGACCAAACUCGCACACCUGGGGCGCUGUCCUUCUCACCAAGUACCCCAUUAUCAACACAACUCACCACUUGCUGCCUUCCCCUCGCGGCGAGCUCGCUCCAGCAAUCGAGGCCGUACUCGACAUUUAUGGUACCGAAGUUACUGUCGUUGUUGCACAUAACGGACAAGAGGAGGAUCCGUUGGACCGUGAACUGCAAAGUACCGAACUGGCAAGGAUCAUGAGGGAGUCGCCGAGACCCGUUAUCUUUUUGGGUUACGUCGUUACCAAGCCCCAUAAGCCUCGACCCCACCCUUACCAGAUUAUGGUUGAAGACGGCAACGUCCACGACAUUGAUGCUACCGACAAGGAUAGAUGGUGUGAAUAUAUCUUCUACCGAGGGCUGUAUCGCACGGCGUACGCCAGAGUCUCUCGCGGCAUUAUCACGGAUACCGAGCUGCAGAUCGGACAAUUCGUUGUGCCAAGUCCCGCAGUCAAGACUAUUAACGACAGUGAAGAAUCACGAUACAUUCGCACGACAAAAGAAAAUAUGCCUCAAGACCAUUGGUUCCCUCAAGAGUACCACGGUAAUAAGAAGAGGGGAGGCAAGAACGGACAUUACUAUCAUGUGUUCAAGACGCCUCGGUAUUACCAACUCCCUGAGGAUGCGGUGGUUUAA